CCUGCCGCCAAAAAGAGCUCUCUCUCUCGCUCUCUCUCUCUCUCUCUCUGGGUUACGAUAAAUCUUCCAGUCCAGCGAAGCAUAAGAAGACACAGGGAAAAGCACCCACCAUGUCUCCUCAUCGUCAUCCUCUGCCCACCUACGUAUUCACGUAGAAUCUUCCUCAUCGUGCUUCUUCCAUUUGACUUUCAGACCCUCUGUUUCUUCUUGCUGGAACUCCAAGCUCUCUGCUCUCUUUUGGAUGGGAUUUGCCCUCGAAGAGCGCAGGUUGCAAAGAGCAUGACGAUGAACGUCAGAGGAGGGUCCAGGCUGCAACAGUCAACGAAAGCUCCGGCGAAGCAUGGCGAAAGGGUGAAAAUGAUGGCGACCAAAUCUGUGGAUGCAACAAAGCCAACUGCCAGUCAGCAAAAAUCGAGCAUAGAGAGAAAAUUGGCACUGCAACAAGAUGUGGAUAAGUUGAAGAAGAAGCUUAGACAUGAAGAGAACGUUCACAGGGCUCUUGAGAGAGCUUUUACCAGACCUUUAGGAACUCUGCCUCGUCUUCCCCCUUAUCUCCCAACAAAUACUCUAGAACUUCUGGCUGAGGUUGCUGUAUUGGAAGAGGAGGUUUUGCGGCUGGAAGAACAGGUGGUACAUUUCAGGCAGGGCUUAUAUCAGGAAGCCGUGUACAUUUCAUCAUCCAAGGGGAAGGUUUUUGACAGUUCAUCUAAUUUGCAUAGACCAAGCCCAGUUAAGAAUCUUAGACCCGAACAGUCCAGAUUCCAAGCUCAAAUUGCUGAUGCAUGUGGGGAAGAUAAGCAAGCAUGCACCAAUUCUACAAUGGACAAGAAGGAAUCUACCACACAUAAAUCCUGUGGAGCCAAAGUUGCUAGAAAGGGAUACCCUGUAGAUAAUGUCACGGCGGAGAAGUAUUUGGAAACUCAGAAAUCACAGCUUGAGAGUAGAGUGACAGACCUAGAAAAUGCAAAAGCAAGGAACCAAACAGUUUCUGAUGACAGACUGCGAGGCAAUGAAAACCCGAACAAAAUCUCCGAGAAUGUUUUGAAGUGCCUAUCGAGCAUAUUCUUGAGAAAGAGCUCAAAGAAGAGCAGGAUUGCAGCUGAAAAUUCACCUUUCUUGUCUACGACUAUGUGCGAGGAGGGCGGUGCAGAAAUGAAGUUCCUUGAUCCAUAUGGCAUGCGUUCAGAGAAUGGAAAGAGAGAUAUCGGCCCAUAUAAGCAUCUUCAUUCAGUUCACGUUGGCUCAAUCAAUCCAAACAGAACAACUAACUGUGUAUUUUUGGUGCAAAGAUUGAAAGUGCUCCUCGGAAGACUUGCGCGUGUCCAGUUGGAAAAUCUCACUCACCAGGAGAAGCUUGCAUUCUGGAUUAACAUUUAUAAUUCGUGCAUGAUGAAAGCAUUCCUCGAACAUGGAAUACCGGAGAGUCCCCAUGUGGUUGCUGCGCUGAUGCAGCAGGCGACAAUAAAUGUUGGAGGACACCUUCUUAACGGCAUAACGAUCGAGCACUUCAUCCUCAGACUUCCUUAUCAUUUAAAACAUACCUCUUCAAAGGGUACAAAAAUUGUUGAGUUGACAGCAAGAAGAAUCUUUGGAUUGGAGUUAUCUGAACCAUUGGUGACUUUCGCACUUUCCUGUGGAAGUUGGUCAUCCCCUGCUGUGCGAGUCUACACGGCAUCACAUGUAGAGAAUGAACUUGAAGCAGCGAAAAGAGACUAUUUGCAGGCUGCAGUCGGAAUUUCUGCCAAGAAAUUUGCGAUCCCAAAGCUGCUGGACUGGUAUCUGCUCGACUUUGCCAAGGACUUGGACUCCUUGCUCGAUUGGAUUUGUCUUCAGUUACCCAGUGAACUAGGAAAAGAAGCAAUCAAGUUUCUUGAGAUGGGAAAAAGCAACUCUCCUUCAAAGUUUGUUCAGGUUGUUCCCUACGAUUUCACUUUUAGGUAUCUUCUACAAACACAGUAAGUUCCAGCUUUUCCAAUUUGCUUGCUUCGAUAUAGGUUCCAUGCACAAUCUGUGUUAAUAAUGAGUAUUGCAGUCAAAAUUAUAAAUGGUUCUCGUAAAUCUGGGCAACCAUUUCUUCAGCCAGAUUGUGCUUCUUGUAAAUGGAUCAUGGGAGGAAAUGUAAAUAGUCAAUGAUUCUGAGAUUGA